GACUGCCAGUGUUUGUCUUUGGAGAUUGCAUGGCUGUGUGCUCAAUUAUAUACACCUGUCAGCAACGGGUGUGAGUCACAACAUAUUAAGCUAGAUUUAGCAAGUAUCAGGGACUCAUUGAUGUCCAUUAACAAUUGGAUACUGUCACUUAUGGUAUGAAUAGUAUAUGGGUUAAGUGUAGUGUGUGUAUAGUGGUGUCCCAUAUUCAGAAGAAAGCCAAGUAGCACUAUUGCACCCCGUGAGGUGGUGUGAUUGCCACAGACGUAUUCCCUUUCCCACAUGAACCGCAGGCCGGGCAGAGAAAUUUGGAAAGCAGGUUUCAGGGAUCUGUGCCAAGGACAGGCUCCAGUCUAGACAAGGCAAGGACCACUUAACCUUAUACCAGCAAAUGUCUCACCCUUUGCAACCAAUCACAAAUUAUUAUGAAGAUCAUUCAUAAUAACAUGCAGUUAUAGCUAAACACAAGUACCUAAUGCAUGCAUUCCCAUAACCCGGAACAAGUGGAAUUGGUCUGAAACAAUGUGCAGGCUAGAGUCACAGUCAAUGCAGAUUUGGACACUUCUCAGUGUAUUAUUUCACAAUGCAUAUCAGUCAAAGAUGCCAGUUACUUUUUUAGGCAACUUUGGAAAUAUUCUGAGACCCCUGUGGAAUAGAGAAUUUACUGUCACCGCCCACUUUCUGCUUUGUCAUCUCGCGAUAGCAAACCAAAAGCCACGGAACCAUCAUGGCUGAAGAGGAGGUGGCCAAGCUGCAGAAGCACCUAGCCCUGCUGAGGCAGGAGUAUGUGAAGAUGCAGCAGAAGCUGGCUGACACAGAGAGGCGCUGUGCCAUGCUGGCUGCUCAGGCCUCUGGCCAGGGCUCCACCAGCGCCUUAGGAGCCGGGGCAGGAGACACCUUCGUCAGCCGCCUGCUAGACAUCGUGACCCAGCUCUACCAGCAGGACCAGUACAGUGAUCUGAAGGUGACGGUUGGAGAGAUGACGCUCAACGCUCACAAGUUUGUCCUGGCUGCUCGCAGUGAUGCCUGGAGCCUGGCCAACCUGGCCUCUACCUCAGAAAUGGACCUGUCUGAUGCCAAGCCGGAGGUUGCCAUGGCGAUGUUGCGCUGGGCCUACACAGACAACCUGGAGCUCAGCGAGGACGAUGCCUUCCUCAUCGACCUGAUGAAGCUGGCCAACCGCUUCCAGCUGCAUCUACUCCGAGAGAGGUGUGAGAAAGGGGUGAUGUCAUCGGUGAACGUGAGGAACUGUAUCCGGUUCUACCAGACGGCUGAGGAGCUGGACGCUACAACCCUCAUGAACUACUGUGGAGAGAUCAUCGCCAGCCACUGGGAUGACCUGAGGAAAGAGGACUUCAGCACUAUGAGUGCUCCGCUGCUCUACAAGAUGAUUAAGUCUAAAACGGAGUUCCCACUUCACAAAGCCAUCAAGGUGGAGAGGGAAGACGUGGUCUUCCUCUACCUCAUUGAGAUGGACUCGCAGUUGCCUGGGAAGCUGAAUGAACUGGACAACAAUGGGGACUUGGCCCUGGACCUGGCUCUGUCUCGUAAACUGGAGAGUAUCGCCACAACGCUGGUCAACAACAAGGCAGACGUGGACAUGGUGGACCAGAGUGGCUGGAGCCUUCUGCACAAAGCCAUCCAAAGAGGGGAUGAGUUCGCCUCCACCUUCCUGAUCCGCCACUCGGCCCAGGUGAACGCGGCCACGGUCGGGGCAGUGGAGACCCCCCUGCACCUGGUGUGUUCCUUCAGCCCCAGGAAGCACUCUGGGGAGGUGAUGAGUGGUAUGGCCCGCAUCGCAGAGGUCCUGCUCAAGACAGGGGCCAACCCCAACAUGCAGAACAGCAAGGGCAGAACUCCUUUACAUGAAGCGGUGGUGUCGGGGAACGAGCCGGUGUUCAACCAGCUCCUGCAGUGCAAACAGCUGGACCUGGAGCUGAAGGACCAUGAGGGGAGCACAGCUCUGUGGCUGGCCCUGCAGUACAUCACCGUGUCCUCUGACCCCAACGUUAACCCCUUCGAGGAAGACGCUCCGGUGGUGGAGAACGGAACAACGUUUGAUGAAAACAGCUUUGCAGCCCAGCUCAUCCAGAGAGGCAGUAACCCAGACGCACCAGACACCGCCACAGAGAACUGCCUCCUGCAGAGGGCAGCAGGUGCAGGCAGUGAGGCCGCCGCCCUCUUCCUGGCCACACAUGGGGCAAAGGUCAACCAUGCCAACAAAUGGGGUGAGACCCCUCUCCACACGGCGUGUCGCUGUGGUCUGGCAAGUCUGACGGCAGAGCUGCUCCAGCAGGGGGCUAACCCUAACCUGCAGACCCAGAAGGCCCUCCCCGACGAGGCCCAGGGGGUGUCCCUGCAGAGCCCCCUCCACAUGGCCAUCAUACACAACCACCCCGACGUGGUGUCAGUCAUCCUGGAGCAGAAAGCCAAUGCUCUUCAUGCCACCAACAACCUGCAGAUCAUCCCAGAUUUCAGCCUCCUAGACUCCAUGGACCAGACGGUGUUGGGUCUAGCCCUAUGGACAGGUAUGCACACCAUAGCAGCCCAACUCCUGGGCUCUGGGGCGUCCAUCAACAACACCAUGUCCAACGGUCAGACCCUUCUCCACAUGGCCAUCCACAGACAGGACAGCAAGAGUGCCCUGUUCCUCCUGGAACACCAGGCUGACAUCAACGUCAGGACCCAGGAGGGAGAGACGGCGCUGCAGCUGGCCAUCAGUAAUCAGCUUCCCCUGGUGGUGGACGCCAUCUGCACUCGGGGGGCGGACAUGUCCGUGGUGGACAAGAGGGGACACCCCCCUCUGUGGCUGGCCCUGGAGAACGGCCUAGAGGACAUCGCCUCCACACUGGUCCGACACGGUUGUGAUGCCACCAGUUGGAGCCCAGGUCCCUCAGGCUGUCAGCAGACCCUCCUCCACAGGGCUGUGGACGAGAACAACGAGGUCACUGCCUGCUUCCUCAUCCGCAGUGGUUGUGAUGUGAACAGCCCGCGGCGUCCUGGUCCUAGCGGAGAGGGGGGUGAGGAGGCCAGGGACGGACAGUCACCCCUCCACCUGGCAGCCAGCUGGGGGUUGGAGGAGGUGGUGCAGUGUCUUCUGGAGUUUGGGGCCAACGUCAACACACAGGACGCCGAGGGCCGAGCUCCAAUCCACGUUGCCAUUAGCAACCAGCACAGCGUCAUCAUCCAGCUGCUCAUCUCCCACCCGGACAUCCGUCUGAACGUACGUGACCGCCAGGGCAUGACCCCCUUUGCCUGUGCCAUGACCCACAAGAACAACAAGGCUGCAGAAGCCAUCCUCAAGAGAGAGCCUGGGGCUGCCGAACAGGUGGACAACAAAGGGCGUAACUUCCUGCAUGUGGCGGUGCAGAACUCUGACAUCGAGAGUGUUCUGUUCCUGAUCAGUGUCCAGGCCAACGUGAACUCCCGGGUGCAGGACGCUGCCAAGCAGACCCCUCUACACCUGGCUGUUCAGGCUGGCUCCGAAAUUAUCGUCCGUAACCUGCUGCUGGCCGGGGCCAAAGUGAAUGAGCUGACCAAACACAGACAGACCGCUCUCCACUUGGCGACCCAGCAGGACCUGGCUACUAUCUGCUCUGUGCUGCUGGAGAACGGAGUGGACUUCACCGCUGUGGACGAGAAUGGCAACAACGCCCUGCACCUGGCCGUAAUGCAGGGUCGCCUUAAUAAUGUGCGAGCCCUUCUCACAGAGUCCAACAUCGACGCUGAGGCCUUCAAUCUCCGGGGCCAGUCACCGAUGCACGUCCUGGGGCAAUAUGGGAAAGAGAAUGCGGCGGCCAUCUUUGAGCUUUUCUUGGAGUGUAUGCCUGAGUACCCUCUGGACAAAGCGGACAAUGAAGGGAACACAGUUCUGUUGCUGGCCUACGUGAAGGGCAACGCUAACCUGUGUCGUGCCGUCGUGAGGUCUGGGGCUCGAAUGGGCCUCAACAACAACCAGGGAAUCAACAUCUUCAACUACCAAGUAGCCACCAAGCAGCUGCUCUUCCGCCUUCUAGAUAUGUUGUCCAAAGAGCCCCCGUGGUGUGAUGGAUCAAACUGUUAUGAAUGUGCUACCAAGUUUGGAGUCACCACAAGGAAACAUCACUGCCGUCACUGCGGCCGCUUGCUCUGCCACAAGUGUUCUAUAAAGGAGAUCCCCAUCAUUAAGUUUGACCUGAACAAGCCUGUGAGGGUCUGUGAGGUGUGCUUUGACGUGCUGACUCUGGGUGGGGUGUCCUAAUGCAGCGGACAGCCUGCUCCUCUAUCCUCUCCUUCCAGCCCUCCAUCUUCCCACCACCCUGACACCAUAGGCUGGGCAACAACUGGAGAUCAGGCGACACGGAAGGGCCAGCCAGGGCUAGUUAUUGGACAGAUACAGACAGACCACAACUUCUGUACUAUUCAUUCCAGUCUAUCACAUGUUAACUAAUGUUCCAACAGGGACUUAUGAAGUAGAAUUUAUACAUGUUUUUUUGAUCAAAUUAAUAAUGUGAAAAUUGGAUGAAAUGAAAGUAGCUUGAUGGCUCAAUGACUCCUGGACUGGGCUGGUUGGGGAGAGGGAGAUGUUAAUCAUAUUGUCAUGAUUUGACCCCGAUAUCAUUCAUCAGGUGUUUGAAGGAGUCAUGAGAGUCAUUGAUGAACAUGUGAUGGUGUCAGAUUGAAUCAGUGAACGUGAUGUGUCAGAUUGAAUCAUGAGAAUCAGUGAACGUGAUGUGUCAGAUUGAAUCAGUGAUGAACAUGUGAUGGUGUCAGAUUGAGUCAGUGAUGAACAUGUGAUGGUGUCAGAUUGAGUCAGUGAUGAACAUGUGAUGGUGUCAGAUCCCUGUUGAGAGCAGAAGAACCGACAGAGAGUGUGUCUCACUGGCCUCUCACUGGUCUACUCAUCAAAUGAAUCCAUCACUGCACUGUGCUGCUGAGACAGAAAACAGCAGCAGAGCAUGCUGCUCUCUAAGACCUGCCCUGCGUUUCAAUCAUCUGUCCCGAAAUGUGCACUUGUUCACUUCCCUUCAUGGAUGUAAAAGAAAAGGACUGCUAUAAGAAAUGUUAUUUAGCUCUCUUUUGUCUUUACCUUUGACUGUGUGGCUGGUUCUAUAAGAACCAGAGACCGGUUGGUUGGAUGUUAAGGGAACACAGUUGAGUUACUAUUUUUCAUACACAAAAAAAAAGAAAUCUAUUUGAAUCGAUUAUUCAAUGAUGAAAUCAUUGGAUUUAAUGAUUCAAAUUUUCAUAACACUAAUUGGGUUAAAAAUAUUGCUGAAUUAACUCUUACUGCUUAAAAUAAACGUGCGAUUUAUAUUCACAUGAUUGAAACGUAACUGCAUAAAACAACCUCCAUAAGCUUUUCUAGAUCACAUGGGUCAAAAGAUGUAUAACCCGAAAUGGGACUAGGCACUCAACUAUCAAGUGUGGUCAAUGUAUUUUCUAUCAGAACUGGAAAGGGUGAGAACCUUUUUUACCAUUGAGGUUUUGUUAGUCCCAAAUGCAAAAUAAUCCUCGCUAUGAAAUUGUAUUUAUAGUAAAAUACCUAUUAUGUCUAUGCAUGCCAUUUAAUUUGUAGCCUAUCAUUUUUUUAAAAGCAUAUAAUCAUUGUGAAUUAUGUCUUUGUUCCCCAGACCACCAAAGUGUACAUUCCAUUUAAUCUGGGUCUUUAGUAAGGUCUUCUUGUUGGGGGGGUUGUUAUUAUAUGUAACAUGCUCCAAUUGGUAUUGCCUCAAGUCAAGUGUUGUCUUGACCUACCAGGCCGGUUUCCCAGACCCAAAUUAAGAUGAGUCCUGGACUAAAAAGCACUUUCAAUGAAAAUGUUCAAGCCUUUAGUCCAGAAAUAGGUUUAUUAAUCUGUGUCCAGGAAACCAGCCUGUAUGUUUUAAUGCGUCUGGAUUUCAAAGCCUAACAGGUGCACUUUUAUCAAGAUUUACAUGACAUUUCUGACAUAAGGGGAGAGAAUGUGAGAGGAGUUGGUGGUGGCCAUUGGCCCACUAUAAGCAUUGUUAAAUUGUACAGAAUUGUAUAAUAUUUUUUGACCACUACAACUGUUUUGUACUUUAA